UUUUAUAAUCUGGUACAAAAAGUGGCUUUGGUCUAUAUAGCUAAAUUUGCCCUUGAUGACAACUGUGAGAGAUGAAUAUUUUUAUAGCUCAUCUGCAGAGCUGGCUAGUAACGGAUUACAUGUAAUCUGGAUUACGUAAUCAGAUUCCAAAACUCAAGUACUUGCAAUUAGAGUAAACUACUUUUUAAAAUACACGUAAUCAGACUACAGUUACUUUUUUAUGGAUUACAUGAUUACAUAUUAUUUACACAAUGGUAAUAAGUCGUUCACAAAUCAUGGAUUCUCCUAAGUUUCUUUUUUUUUAACGUUUAUAUUUUUCCUCACAAACCUGCUGUUUACAUACUUUCGUGAUUCUUCGAGUUUUUUCGGCGAGAGGGGGAGGGGUGUCAGAAUCACGCUCAGAAGAAAUCAGCAAGGAAUAUGGAGGGGAACGCAGCCUUUAAUCACUGGAUGUUCAGACAUCAUUACAUUUUUUUUUUUUUUUUUAAGACAUGGCAAAAUGUCACUAUUCAGUGUAAACUCUGCCUACCAUUGAUUAAUUUGCUGUCAAUGGAAAUCUUUGACCUACCAAAGUUAUUGCUGGGAAUUUCAUGUCCUUUAAAAUAUUUUUGUAAUGUUGAUAUUUCUUCAUUGUUACUACCUUAUGCACUUCAAGUGUUUUGAGAUGAAAUAUUUGACCUGGAAAUUAUCUGUAUAUAUUAGCCAGGGCUCGACAUCAACGCUUGUCCGGGACAAGUGGAUUUUGUGAAGGGGCAAGUGAAAGAGAAUUGUACUUGCCAGACCGGACAAGUAAACUGACCAAAAUUUAGGAUUUCGCUCAGGCACGUCAAUUUUGCUUCAAACUUCUUCUUUCUAUGCGCGUCUAUUUCGCUCUAGACGCGGCAAACAAGAAGUGGUAGACGUGAAUUUGAUGCUCUAUUUGCAUUUGGUGUGAACACAGCAUAAUAACAGAUAAUGUAUUGACAGUAAAAUAAAAAUAUAAUAAUUAAAGUAAUACCUGAUAGAGCACUGAUGAGACCGUUUCAGAAUAAAUUACAUUUGUGCCAAAAAUCAAACACGUUUUUUUUUUUCCCUGGACAAGUAUACUUAUUUACUCGGACAAGUAAAUGAUUGAUUGUCCGAAGGACAAGCUCAUGUAAAAGCUUAAUCUGGAGCCCUGUAUUAGCAAUGUUAUUGCUGUGAGUUUCAUCCUCUUUAAUAUUCAUUUUUGUAAUGUUGUUAUUGUUUGUCUUUUCCUAUUUGUUACUUUGCACUUAAAAUGGUUUGAGAUGGAUAGAAAUGUCACCACUGAGCGAGUUUAGUCUUUUUCAAAAUUCACGUUCGCAGUGUAGCUGUCAGACACAGACGAGGACACAGAGGAUUCAGUGAUAAGGUAGUUUAAUGUGAAUCAGAGGUUUCAGACACAGGUGAAUCUUGACACGUGGAUAGAAAGGUGACAACACAACUUCCCUUAUGGUGAACGGUGAUCCAGAUGGUGCUCAGAUGAAGACGAUGGGGACAGGAAGACUGACGAGGAUGAAGAGGGUUCAAGAGUUCAGGUAGGUUUAAUAAUGGCGUUCAGGCAAGCGAGGAGAUCGGUGCAAGACCAGACGAUGAGUGAUGGUGACUGAUGGCUUUAUAUGUGGUUCUGGUGAUGAUGCACAGGAGUUCAGAAUUCGGGUGAUUGGGGACGAGUGGGUGUGGCGUAAGUGUCCGAUUCCGGGAGUGUAGAAGGUGUGGCUGUGACAGUAGCUAUAUUGUUUGAUGUUUUUUCAUUGAUACAGUCUUAUUCACUUUUUGUUUUUUUCUUGUUUUUUUAGAUUAAAUAUUUUACCUAGUGGUGAUAUUGCUGUGAAUUUCACGUUUUUCAAUAUUGUUUUUUAAAUAUGCUUUAAAAUCAUAAGAUGUGAUUUUUUUUUUUUUUUUUUACAGUGUUACUAGCAAACUCUAACAUCAAGGUAAAUUAGUGUGGUUUUCUGCUACUGUCACGUGGUUUCAGCAACAAGCUCCACCCAAGUCCCGCCUCUUUGCCCAUUUUCAAUUAUCUGACGGUGACAUCCCGCUCCGCCAACUUUAGGCUUCAAAAAUACUCUCCAGAAACCUACAAGUGAGGUCACGGACACUACGUCCUUUUUUUUUUUUUUUUUUUUUUUUUUUUUUUUUUUUUACAGUCAUGUCAUUUACAAACCUGAAUGACUUUCUUUCUUCUUUGGAACACCAAACAGAUAUUUUGAAUAAUGCACUUGUCACUAUUUUUAAGGAUAAGAUGGAUAUGAACCGGUCAAAGGAAACUAUAGCCCCAAAAGAACUGUGUUCAUGUUUGCUGUUUACAUGAGAAAACUCUACAAAGGAGAUACAUCUGUAUUAGUUAGAUCAUGUUUUUCAUGUCAAAGAGGAAGUGGUAACUGUUUCAAACACUGAUAAUUAACCACGCAGAAUGAGCCAGAAAACAGAGUAGCGCUUCCCUGAUAGCAGCAAAGAAAUGUUGAGCUGUGAGAGUGCAUAUACAAGAUUCUUCUGGAUCUUGGAAUUUCUGUUCUUCAUUUAAAAUAUAGAUAUUUCUGCAUUCUCUUAUAAAGAAAAAAAAAAGUAUUUAUGCUCAGUUAUGUGGUACCUGUUCAUAGUAUUUAUCUUUACAGUACAUGGAGCCUGUGGUUGUGUGAUGACCAGUCCAGACCAGAAGGUUAAUGCUGGGACAGAUGUCUAUUUGUCGUGUAAUUUCUGUCAAUGUCCUGGACCUCUGGAUGUCAUGUCUCUUAGCGUGGAGUGGGAAUUCAAAGAUAUCUCCUCUGAGCCAAAAACUAUCAUCUACUACAUCAGAAAUCGAACUGUACCACUUCCUGGUGUAUUUUUUCAGGGAGAUGUCAUAUUAGGAAGUUUUGAUAUACAUCUCUCAUCCGUGACCCAUGAGAACAAUGGAACUUAUUUUUGUAGAUUGCGUCUCAAUGGCAGAUUCCACAAGAAUCAAACACACCUUUUUGUGCGAUCAGUACUGGGCAGGAAAAACAGUCCAGAUGUGAAUCAUCUGCAGGAACCUCCUCCGUGGUGGCUGCCCCUGGCGUCAGUGUCUGGGUUUGUGUUACUAAUUGGAACCGUGUUUUUGGGGAGGAAGGCUUGCAGAUCAACCCAGAGAGAAAACAACUCAAAGCAAAAUAUAGAAGAAGUUAAAACCAGCACUGAGAAAGAAGACAAGAGAAUGGCUUACAAAGUGGGGUACAGCUCUAUGCCUGAUCUGGCAGAUGUGAACAGUCCUCCCAACAGUUCAGACGACAUCUAUGUUACCAUGCACGGAUUCCCAUUUGCACCAGACGCUCCUGUCACAGCUGGACACAGCAGACGUCUUCCCUCUGACUGGCAGCCAAAGGAUGAGGAACCCAUUUAUGUAAAAUAACUGAUUAUUUAUUAUUAUUAUUAUUUUUAGACUAAUGGAAAGAAAACAUUCUGAUGGUUUUUACCGAGGCUAAAAUUCAUAUAGGAUCAUAUAGGUUCAUAUAGGAUUUUCUUGAUUUUACACAUUUUAUUCCCCCCAAAAUUGUGAAAAUAUAUUGUUUGCUGGCUGUUCAAAUUAUUUUCUGAAUUAUGGAGUGACAAAAAUAGAUACCCAGAAUUCCCUCUGUAAAAGCAUUUCACUCUAAUAUGUCAAAAAAAAAAAAAAAAAUUAUAAUAAUAAUAAAAUAAUAAUAAAAAAAAUAAACAAGAGUUUUAAAACUGA